AUGCAGCAGGUGGAUAUUUACUCCAACGCUUCAGCCUACCUGGGCGCAAAUGGGGAGCCCCCUCUGUCGCGCACAGGCUUCAUCAUUCUGGCCAUCAUCAUGGCCGCUUUCACCGUUCCGGCCAUCGUGCUCAACGCUACAGUGAUCAUCGUGUCCCUCAUGCACAAGCAGCUGAGGCAGCCGCUCAACUACGCUCUGGUGAACAUGGCAGUGGCAGACCUGGGCACGGCCAUGACCGGAGGGCUGCUGUCUGUGGUCAACAACGCCCAGGGCUACUUCUCACUGGGGAGGACCGGCUGCGUCAUGGAGGGCUUCGCAGUCUCCUUAUUUGGCAUCACCUCUUUGUGCACAGUAGCUCUGAUCGCAGUGGAGAGGAUGUUUGUGGUGUGUAAGCCUUUGGGACAGAUCACCUUCCAGAGGAAGCAUGCAGCAGCAGGUAUCCUCCUAUCGUGGCUGUGGUCCCUGACAUGGAACCUGCCCCCCCUCUUCGGCUGGGGUAGGUAUGAGCUGGAGGGGGUGGGGACGUCCUGCGCGCCGGACUGGCACAACAGGGACCCCCGGAACGUCUCCUACAUCCUUUCCUAUUUUGCCGUCUGCUUUGCUUUUCCUUUCCUCGUCAUCCUGGGGUCGUACUCUAAACUAAUGUGGACGCUGCACCAGGUGUCCAGGAUGGCCUGCGUGGAAGGAGGCGCCGCAGCCAAAGGAGAGAUGAAGGUGGCGUCCAUGGUGAUUCUCAUGGUCCUGACUUUUCUCAUCAGUUGGUUGCCCUAUGCCGGCCUGGCCAUGCUGGUUGUCUUUAGCCCCAGCGUGAAGAUUCAUCCUCUUGUGGGAACGGUGCCUGUUUACUUGGCCAAAAGCAGCACCUUGUACAAUCCCAUCAUCUACAUCUACUUAAACAAGCAGUUCAGGAAAUAUGCAGUCCCCUUCCUCUUGUGUGGAGCAGACCCCUGGGUGGAGGACGAGGCAUCGGAAGCUUUGACCACUGUGGAGCCAGCGGUCAGCAAAGUGUCUCCGUCUUGA